AUGCCGGCCCUGAUCUCCAUCGGUGCCAGCCCGGUGAAGAAGUCAGUCAUUACGCCCGUCGAUGCUCGUUCGGCGACCAAGCCAACCACGAUGUCCGCCGGUUCCCCUCCGGUGGUCAAUACGAUCUCACCGUCCACUGGAGCCAGUCCAGUGGGCAAUCCCGCCAAGAUGGCCGUCGGUUCUCGUCCGAUGGUCAAGCCGACCCCGAUCCCGAUGUCCACUGGAACCAGUUCAGUGGGCAGUUCCGCCCUGAGAUUCACCGAUGCCUGUUCGGUGAUCAAUUACACCCCCGUGUCCACCAGUUCCCCUCCGGUGGUCAAGACGAUCUCGCCGUCCACUGGAGCCAGUCCAGUGGGUAGUUCCGCCCCGACGGCCGUCGGUUCUCGUCCGAUGGUGAAGCCGACCCCGAUGUCUGCUGGAAACAGUCCAGUGGGCAAUUCCGUCCAGAGGUCCACCGGUGCUAGUCCGGUGGUCGAGCCGAUCCUGAUGUCCACUGGAAACGAUUCAGUGGGCAACUACGCCCUGAGGUCCACCGAUACCCGUUCGGUGUUCAACUACGCCAAGAUGCCCGUCGGUUCCAGCCCGAUGGUCAUGCCGAUCCUGACGUCCAUCGGUGUUCAUCCGAUGGUCGAUUCCGUCCCGAUGUCUGUCGGUCCCUUUCCGGCAGCCAAACCGACCUUGACGCACAUCGAAGCCAACCUGCCAUGCCAAAAGUCCACUGGAACGAGUCCAGUGGUGAAGCCGACCGUGAUACCCACCGAAGCCAAUCCGGAAGCCAAACCCUUCGAUGAUUCAGCAGGUCUCUGCCCGGUAGCCAAGCCAUCCCCGAAGUCCGCCAGUCUCCGUCCGGUAACCCAUUCAAACCCGAUGUCAUCCAGCACUGUUGCAGUGAUUAGCAAGACGAAUAGAACAUCACCGACAGCCGGAAUUCGUCCGGCGCGCAAGCGAGUCCAGAGUAGGACAGAUCAAGUGCAAACCCCGAAGACAACAGAAACCCGCCCGAUGACAAGCCGUGCCCUCAUGCCCUCUGGAAUCCGUCCGGUCACGAGAACCCAUCCGAGGAAGCAGUGGAUCGGGGUGGUCCCGAAGUUCUUCCAACCACCACUGGAUCCGCCUCCGGUCAACGUGACUGGUGUUUUCGAACAGCUCCAUUCCGACUCGCAGCCGAGGAAACCACCAGAUGGACCUCCGAAGCAAAUUCGACCCAGCGAAGCCAUCGUGGAGCGUGUGUGCCGAAUGCGUCCACUCAAAGACCCGAUCAAGAGGCUGGUCAGCAUUCUCCCACCUAUUCUGGCCGGGGAGUAUGUUCGCGCCAACGCGAAGAAGUAA